UCUCAGCUUAUCCAUGGAUCGAUCGGAUGGCAGGUGGAUCGAUCAGUCGUAAUCGGUUUAUCAGUAGGCAUUAAACAUGAACCUUUCCGAUACUCAACAGUCUGAUUCGCUUUGCAACGCCAUCCGUCCCCUGGGCUUCGAUCUGCAGGAGCUGCGUUUGGCCAUCGAGGUGUCGCCGCUUCGUCAUCUGUGCCCCUUCCUGUUUUCCACUGAGAACAUCUACGAGAUUAUGGACGGUUUCAAUUCAUUGAUGAACGGCGAAAGGAUCGCGUUUGGUGCCGGCCCUCUGGGCACCCUGAUGGUGGCCGGGAUAAUGGUGUAUAUGCUGAGCCACGCCGAGCUGCACAAGAGCCAUGUGAAGCGCACCCUGUUCCUGCAGCACUGCUUCAGCUACAUGGCCUGCACCGAAGAGACUCACGUGAACGAUCUGUGCGCCGUUAUCUUGAACAAGAUCAACAUCAGGGAUUCGGACCACAUGCUAAACCUGAUCCUUUGCUGCCACCAUGCCAGCCCCUUGUGUACCAUGGCCCAGUUGGUGUGCAACUGCCUUCUCUGGGCCGUGCUCGACUGGCUUACGGAUAUGGGCGCCGGCUCACACCGCCUGCGCCCCUACUCUGAGCUGAAGCUGGCCAUCAGCCUGGUGAAUCCCAGCGUCUGUGUGGAGUCCUAUCUGCACGGCCUCAAUCUGACUGUGCGCGUCGUCUCUGCACUGCUCGUAGUGGGUCCGUACGGCAGCACUGAGCAGAUAUGCAACGAUGUCGGUGUGGCGCCCACACUGUUUGUGCUGCCGGACGACGAUGCCUCCAUCGUUUUCCGCUGGCUGAGCGGCAUUGUCAACGAGCUACGCCACAGCAUGGGGCAGGGGGAUGGUCACAUGGAGGAGCGCAUUGUGGUGCUGGAGGCAGCCUGCGACCUCAUGCUCAUGAUGCACGAGCAUCUGCUAAUUAUUUAUCAGCGCAUGCGCGACCUCGACCCAGAGGCAGAAAUACUUCCACUGCCCGACCUGCCGCCAGAGCCAGUGGUGGUCGCCGACGUGGUGGCGAACGAGAACAAUUCUGUUUAAUCUUGUUUCACUCUUCAAUCAUUUGAAUAUUUUCAUAAUGGCUCACCUUUUUGUUUAAUAUCUAAUCGAAAUAUGUAUAACAUAAGCGGCCGCGGGCUUUUCACUUUUCAACCGAA